UCAAUCGGUCUAAGUGGUUGAAAUAGCGAAGUGAUAAGAAUUGUAAAAUGUGUUGCGUUAAACAUUUUGUUUUACUCAUUAUAUUGCAACAAUAUACUGUAAAUGGGUUUAGCAUAUUUAAUCUAUAUAAUGGAUUCAAGUACCUCAAUAAUAAAAUAAAUUCCAUUGUGCCUGCAAACCUUCCCGAUAUUCAUGUGAAGAUGCGUUGGAUUUUACAAGAGUUAGACCACUUCGACCCCAAAAACUUACUUAUGUUUAACAUGAGAUACUUUGAAAAUGUUCUAUAUUGGCAAGAGAAUGGACCAAUCUUUGUGUUCUUGGGAGGAGAAAGCGCAUCGUCACCUCAAUGGACUAGAUUCGGAAUAAUCCAUGAACUGGCAAAAGAAUCACAAGGAGCAAUGUAUGUAACAGAACAUAGAUAUUACGGCGAAAGUAAACCUAAGAACUUGACAAAAGAAGAUCAAUUCAAAUAUUUAAGUUCAAGACAAGCUCUUGCUGAUAUAGCAAAGUUAAUACACUAUUUAAAAUUGUUACCCAUGUAUAAAAAUUCUAAGGUAGUUGUAAUUGGAGGAUCAUAUGCAGGUAACUUAGCCGCGUGGAUGAAGGUUUUAUAUCCAGAUUUAGUCGACGCGGCUGUAGCAAGCAGCGCACCAGUCUUAGCAAAAAAAGAUUUCUUUGAAUAUCUUGAAAAAGUUACUGAGGAUUAUGAAACUUAUGGAACUCACGGAUGCUCGGACAAGAUAAAAAAUAUAUUCGACAGAUUUCAUCAGCUAUUGCAGAGCUCUGAAGGCAUAAAACAGUUAAAAAAAGAAGAGAAUAUUUGUGAUUCAUGUGAUAUGAGUGUGAUAGAAAACCAGGCCGUAUUCUUUGAGGUUAAGACAAGUAUAUUUAUGAGUAAUUCUCAAUAUGGAUCAACAAAAACUAUUAAACAGCAUUGUGAAAAAUUAAGCGACGUAAGUUAUGAUACUAAAUCUUUAACGGACAACUCUAUGUUACCAAUCAUAUACUCUGAGAAGUUAAACUGUUAUGAUUAUGACUUUAACAGAAUGAUCCAAGUGAUGAAAAGUAAUGACGAUUUGUUUUGGAUAUAUCAAACAUGCACUGAAUUUGGCUAUUAUCAAACAACGAAUUCGAAGGCACAGAUCUUUAAAAACAUCCCAUUGGAGUUUUACAUAAAAAUAUGUACUGAAAUGUUUGGCAAUGAUUUUAACGAAACAAGAGUGGAUCAGGCAGUAAAAAACACGAAUAAACUGUAUGGAGGAUUAAACCCAAAUGUGACAAAGGUGGUAUUUUCAAAUGGCAACCUAGAUCCUUGGAGUACGAUAGGUGUUUUAGAGGGCUUAUCCUACGACGCCCCAGCAGUAGUUAUUCCAAGGUCUACUCACUGCGCCGAUUUACUUCCUAUUUUUGAACCUGACAAUGAAGAAUUGAAAGAAGCAAGAAAACACAUCAAGUAUUUAAUUAAGAAGUGGAUAGGAAUAGAGGAAUACUUAACUUCAUAACUUAUGUGAAGUGUCCAUAUAACACUUAAAUCUAUGAUCACUUUAUGCGGUCAAAGGUCAUUUAAAAUAAAAGUGAAAAUUUAUUGAAA